GGUUACUGUCAAACAGUGAACCCCGCAUGUUGUUUUCUUUUUUGACCACCCCGCUUGGCGCAGGUGGAAUGGAUUCUGUAUCUUUGGACGAUUAAACAAGAAAAUAAUUGUUGUUUUUGUUCAUACUGGUUGUAGAAAGGUGAAAGGAUGGCGCUGUAUGUGUUGUACGAGCACGCGGCUGGCUAUGGGCUGUUCAGCGUGAAGGAAUUCGAGGAGAUCGGCAUGCUGUUGCCGCAGGUGGAGGCAUCGAUCCUCGACCUGUCCCGGUUCAACGCGAUCGUCAAGCUGGUGGGCUUCCAUCCGUUCAAGACGGCCGUCGCUGCGCUGAACAACGUGAACGCCAUCUCCGAAGGUCUCGUGCCGGACGAUCUGUCAGGCUUCCUCGACACCACGCUGCCGAAGUCGAGCAAGAAGAAGCAGGUGACGCUUGGCGUGAGCGAUGCGAAGCUCGGUGCCGCGAUUGCCGAAGCGCUCGAGGUGCAGUGCUCGCACAUUGGUGCCGUGCCGGAGAUACUGCGCGGCAUCCGGUUCCACUUUGCCGGCAUGGUGAAGGGCUUCACCGACCAGUCGGCUGCGGUGGCCCAGCUGGGCUUGGGUCACAGCUACUCGCGCUGCAAGGUGAAGUUCAACGUGCACCGGUCGGACAACAUGAUCAUCCAGUCGAUCGCGCUGCUCGACCAGCUCGACAAGGACGUGAAUACGUUCUCGAUGCGUAUCCGCGAGUGGUACUCGUACCACUUCCCGGAGCUGGUCAAGAUCGUGCCGGACAACUACAUGUUCGCUAAGGUGGCGCACUUUAUCAAGGAUCGCAAGUCGCUCACGGACGACCGGCUCGAGGAGCUGGAGGAACUGAUGAUGGACUCGGAAAAGGCUAAGGCCGUGCUGGACGCCGGCAAGAUGUCGAUGGGCAUGGACAUUUCCGUGGUCGACCUGAUCAACAUCGAGAUGUUCGCCAAGCGGGUGAUCAAGCUGUCCGACUACCGCCAGCAGCUGGCCAACUAUCUCCACUCGAAGAUGAACAGCGUGGCGCCGAACCUGCAGGCCCUGAUCGGCGACCAGGUCGGCGCUCGGCUCAUCUCCAAGGCCGGCAGCCUGACCAAUCUGGCCAAGUUCCCCGCCUCGACCGUACAGAUUCUCGGCGCCGAGAAGGCCCUGUUCCGCGCGCUCAAGACCAAAUCCAACACACCGAAGUACGGCUUGCUGUUCAACUCGUCCUUCAUCGGCCGGGCGAACGCAAAGAACAAGGGGCGCAUUUCCCGCUUCCUGGCCAACAAGUGUACGAUCGCGUCGCGUAUCGAUUGCUUCGCCGAAACGCCAUCGACCGUGUUCGGCGAGGCGCUGAAGGGCCAGGUCGAGGAGCGGCUGAAGUUCUACGAGCAGGGCGAAACGCCCCGCAAGAACCUGGACGUGAUGAAGGAAGCGAUCCAGCUGGCCAGCAAGCAGGCGGAAACGGGAGGCAAGAAGAAAAAACGCAAGGCAGAGGAAACGAACGGCAAUGGGGAAGCCACGCUGAACGGAUCGGCCAAGAAGAAGAAGAAGAAGGCGGCGGCGCUGGACGAUACCAACGGGGGGGACGCCGAAGAGUCGAUGAUGCAGGUUGAUACCUCCGCCGUCCUUGACGAUUCGGUGAACGUUACGAAUGGUGAGAAGAAGAAAAAGAAGAAAAACAAAAACCGGCAAUCGGCCGUUGAAGCAUGAGCAGGGGAAGGGAGCGGACAUAAGUAAUCGACAUUAAGGUACAAUAAGUUUGUUUGUGUAUGUAGUGUGUGAGACAUUUGUAAAGCACUCACAGGAUAAGUAAUAGGGAAGCGUUGAGUUUAACGCCAUAGCUUAGGGAGGCGCCCUCUCAGGGAAGAGUACGGAGCUUCAGUCCUCGUACACUCUUUCUUCUGCAAACGUAUUUCAGUUAUUUUUCCACAAAAAGCAUACUUUUUUCUAUUUUUUCGUAACAUGUAACUAGAGUCUUCGUACAAUAAUGUAUCGGAAUAAACUUACCCGUAGAAGAUCUA